UUAUUGUGAAACGUUCACCGGAAGUGUUGGCUUUUAUUACAACGGGCUUGACAUGUCACACGGACAGGAGAUUCGCUGUCAAAGAGGGUGGAUGCCAGAGAUGGAAAUGACCUAGAGGCCUUACAGAUACAUUUGUGCUCUUGUCGCCGUAAUCUGCAUCCGCGGGCAAGUCCCACCUACCUCAGCCUGCACACGGACGGACGGGAAAAGCAGGAAGCCCGUCGGGUGGGGCUGCUGGACACACGGAGCCAAGUAGCGCUUUUGGAGAGGAGCACCUUGAGACGGACCGGAUCCGCCUCAUUCUCACAGUCCGGAAUCUGUUUGCAUGUUGUUGUUUUUUUUUUUUAAACAUUUUGUAACCUCCAUGCUGUUGACCAGUGUUAAUUUUUUGCUUUCAAUCUAAUUUUCUUUUUUUCUACUUUCAUCAGUGAAGGAUUUCUAUUUGUACAAAAGCUCCAGACUGUAUGAAGAAUUCUUUUUCCCCCUCUUCUGAAGGAAGGCUAACGCACUUUACACCUCGGCUCUCGGAUCAGUUUUUGAAUCUCGGAGACAUGCGUGUUGAUAUGCAGCUGGCCUGCAUGUAAGCACGUCACUUUCGAUUCCCGGCCCUCCCCGCUCGCCACUCCUGCCUUCGGAUUCCCUCAAGGCGCACUGAGAUGAGCCUCCGGCAGGCAGCAUCCCUCAGUGGUCUUUUUACGUGACCUGGACUGUCGCGGUUCGAGUCUUUUCCUCGUGCGGUCGACAGGAUUUUUUUUUUUGUCCGAGGGUCGGGGAAAGUUAAGCAGGAACAGGAUCUUUAGGUGCCGGUGCACCACCUAUGUAUUGUUGCAGUGUGCAACAAAGUAAAAUGGACUACAAGCGUCGCUUUUUGCUCGGCGGGUCCAAGCAGAAAGUCCAACAGCACCAGCAGUACCAGAUGCCUGAGUUGAGCCGGACCCUUAGCGCCUCAUUGGCCUCCUCUUGCUCGGCCUCCUCUUCGCCGAUGGGGCUCCCCGGCGGCGGCUGCCACCCGCCCCCCACCUCCCCCACGACAGCGGUGGCCGACAUCCAGCAGGGCAUCUCCAAGUACUUGGACGCCCUCAACGUGUUCUGCCGGGCCAGCGCCUUCCUCACCGACCUAUUCAGCAGCGUGUUCAGGAACUCUCACUACUCCAAAGCGGCUAUGCAACUGAAGGACGUGCAGGAACACGUCAUGGAGGCGGCCAGCCGGCUGACGGCGGCCAUCAAGCCGGAGAUCGCCAAGAUGCUGAUGGAGCUGAGCGCCGGGGCCGCCAACUUCAAAGAUCAGAACGACUUCAACCUGCAAGAUGUCGAGGUUCUGGGUCGGUGCUUCUUGACGGUGAUGCAGGUCCACUUCCAGUUCCUUUCACAGACCCUGCAGAAGGUCCAACCCGUGGCCCAGUCCUGUCUGGCAGAAGCUCUGGCUCAGGCCCAGGAGCGCUCGACCAGCGCCCGGGCCCAAAGCGCCGAGCUCGGGCCGCUCACAGAGCUGGAGGAAGCUUCCCGCUCGUGGAAAUGCGCAGCUGAGGCCAUGUCAAGGCUGCGGGAGAGAGGUCGCGACGGCUGCCUGGCAGGCCUCCAGGUCCAGCAGCUCUUCUGCGUGCACAACACCAACAUCCCCGAGCACCAGCUGAAGGAGCUCAACAUGAAGAUAGACAGCGCUCUACAGGCGUACAAGGCAGCGCUGGAGAGCCUGGGCCACGGAGAGUACGCGCUGAAGGCCGGUUUCCAUCUCAACCCCAAAUGCGUGGAGGCGGCUUUGCAGGGCUGCUGCGGAGAGGCCGAGGCCCAGCAGGCGGGCCGGAUGCACACCACCUCCCAGCCCAUCCAGUGCGAGUUACCCACCAUUCCCGUGCAGAUCGGCUCGCAUUUCCUCAAGGGCGUGUCCUUCAACGAGUCGGCGGCGGAGAACCUGAAACUGAAAAUGCAAACCGUGCUGCAGCUCAUUAAGGAGGCGCUGGGCCAAAACGGGCUGACCUCCAGGGACGACUGCCCUGUCACCGAAGUGCUCAACCAAGUGUGUCCGUCCAGCUGGAGGGGAGCCUGCAAGACGGCCGUCCAGCUGCUGUUUGCUCAGGCCGGUCUGGUGGUGGUCGACACGGCUCAGAUCGAGAACAAGGAGUCGUACGCGCCUCACAUCAGCCUCGAAGGAUCCAAGCUGGUGGUCCAGGUUCCUUCCACGUGGUGUCUGAAGGAGGACCCGGCAACCAUGUCCUUGCUCCAGCGUAGCCUCGAUCCGGAGAAGACGCUCGGCCUGGUGGACGUGCUCUACACAGCCGUGUUUGACAUCAAUAGAUGGAAGGAAAGGAAAGAGCAAGCUUUGCCGACUAUCCAGAUUCAGCUGCAGCGGGAGAGCCCGGACUUUGGCGGCCACGCGGAUUUACCGCCGGGCCCUAACUCCAAGGCCUCCAGCGGCCUCCCCAAAACCAUCUCCAAGCUGACUUCCAAGUUCACCAAGAAGGUGUCGUCCGGCUCCAACAGCGGCGGCAGCUACUCCUUCCCCAACACGCCGUCCCGCGGCAUGCUGACGGGCUCCGAGGACAAGGCCAAGAGCUUGGGCCGCAACGAAGGCCGCCUGCACAGCUUGCUGCAGGCUGGGGCUCUGUCCGGCGGCCCCGAAGCGGGCCCCCAAAACCCGUUGGCCAACGGUUUGGCGUGCGACGAGCAAGGCAUGAACCUCCCCACCGACCAGGAGAUGCAGGACGUCAUCGACUUUCUCUCAGGGUUCAACAUGGGCAAAUCCCAGCAGGCCUCCCCGCUCGUCAAGAGGAGGAACUCGGUGGCGUCCGCCAACCCCACCGAGCUCAAAACCCCCGCCGGACCUUCGCCGACCUCCCCGGUUAUUUCUCACGGCACGCAGACCUUGGCUCAGGCCCAGCCUCCGCCACCACCGCCGCCGUCACAACAGCAGCCAGCGGCCCCGCCUCCGCCCCAGCAGCCCUCCUCCCAGACCCUGCAGUACUACCAGCACCUCCUGCAGCCCAUCAGCCAGCAGCAGCCGCCUCCUCAACUUCCUCCCCCUCAGCAAAGGGCGUCCAGCAAGUGGUUGGGCACGUCCAGCCAGCAACCCCCGCCCGGAGGCUUGUCCCCCCUGGGCCCCAUCGGCCAGUGGGGAGGCUCCCCGGGGUUGCCGGACCUGAGCUCGGACCUGUACAGCCUGGGCCUGGUGAGCACGUACAUGGACAGCGUCAUGUCCGAGGUGCUGGGCCAGAAGCCCCAGGGGCCCCGCAACAACACGUGGCCCAACAGAGAGCAGAGUGACGGCGUCUUCGGGGUCCUGGGAGACACGCUGCCUUUCGACCCCGCAGUGGGCUCAGACCCUGAGUUUGCCCGCUACGUGGCCGGCGUGAGCCAGGCCAUGCAGCAGAAGCGUCAGGUGCAGCACCCGCGUCGCCUCAGCAACCCUCGCAGCAACUGGCCCAUGCCCGACGACCAGCACAGGACGUGGACACACCCCGAGUACUACAGCGAGGGCGAGGCAGUCAACAGCAGCUGGUCAGCCAAUCAGGGCGACUCCGCCAGCUCCAGCGACGAGACUUCUUCCACCAACGGAGACAGCCUCUUCUCCAUGUUCUCUGGACCCGACUUGGUGGCGGCGGUCAAGCAAAGAAGGAAACAUAGCUGCGGUGAGCCGGAAGCCUGCACGCUGCCCUCGCCGCCCCUCCAUCAUAUUGCUGAUGACAACCAGGACAGCAAAACAAAAACGUGGCCUCCCAAAGCACCGUGGCAGCACUCGGCCCACGGCGGCGGCGGCGGCGGCGUGACCAAUCCCAGCUCUUCCCUGUACCACCAGAUGAAUCUGGCUCCGCCCUCGUCGUCGCAGUGGAGCGACUCCCUGCAGAUGCUGCAGUCGCCCGUGUGGGCGGCCGGCGGCGGCGACUGCUCGCCUUCGGCCGCCGCCAUCUCCUCGCCGUUCCCCUUCGGCCAGCAGCAGCAGCAGCAGCAGCAGCAACUGAAAGGCAUCAAGGCCUUCAAGUCGUUCCCCUUGAAACACGAGCACAGGUCCUCCUUCCUGCACCAAUACUGAGCCGGCCACUACACACGCUACACGCUAACAGUAAACACACUGGCUCGAUCUACUCCACCUUUCCGACGUACUUCCACACACGCUACUUUUGGACAGGCGUUAUCAGGGCCACGCCGACGGGAAAUAAUGCAGCUGACCACCAUUACGGCUCAGUUAAGUCCAACUCGUAAGAGAAUGAAAUUGAAUUUUAUGAGCAAAAAAAAAGUCACAAAAAUUGAAGUCAGAACUGUAUGAGAAAAAAUGACUUUUGCUAGUUUACAGCCUCGUUCUCGUCACAUGACCUCUCAUCUCCCGAGACUUUACGACUUUUGUGUAAUUGAGCAUCUUUAGUUUUUGCUCGCUUACCGUACGACAUGACAAAUAAUUCUCGUAACAUGACAUAUUUGUCUUGUGUGACGAUGACUUUUUUUUUUUGUUUGCAACUUAUUUUGCCUGUAACUUAACAUUUUUUCUCAAAUGACGACUUUUACUUGCUACUGUCCAAUUUAUUGUUGUAAUCCACUCCCCCUUCAGUUUCAAACUACAACUUUUUUCUCAUACAUUUACACUUUACGAUAACGUAACGACUUGCUUUUGCACAUAACAGUGACUUUUUUGCUCGUACCUAAACAGUUUUCCUAAUGAGUUUUUUUUCAUGUAAUGUUGCAAACCUUUUGAUUUAUUUUCCAUUUCCGCGUGGCCCUGAUACUCCAACGUAUAUAUCACACAGAGACCUAUUUUUACAUUUUCCUUCCUCUGCCCUAACUACUUAAGUUACUCACUACUAUUAUUAUUAAUAUUAUUACUACGAAGCGGUCAUUUCUCUGCCUUACGAAGAGUGCGGCCGAUGCCCGUCCUCUCAGGCAAGAGCUGGAGACCGCUUGAGAAAUAAAAAAACAAAAAAUUUAAAAAAAGUGUGUACAGCGAGCUGUAACUGCCAAAUGUACAGCUAGCGUGUACGUGAAACAUGAAUUUUCAUUUUUCCUUAUAUUUUUAAAGAGGCUCUGAGCAGGCUCAGCACGGUUAACACACAUAUUCUACUUAUUUUUUUGUUUAUGAUGUUUUUUUGUUUUUUUUUCCUCAUCCACAACACACAAAUAUGAUAUGAAAUGUGCCAUUUUGCCAACGAAAGCACUUGUUCCCAACCAAAGCAGGAGACGGAACGGUGGUGCAUUCGCUUGGCCCUCGCAAAAUUGGACGCCACGACUCCUUGUUACAUUUUCGCAACAGUAUUAAUAAAUGUAGUGAACGGCUAUUUUCCACUUUCCCAUUUAUGUGAAAAAAAAAAAA